CUACAAGUGACGAACAUUUUAACGUUCAAAAUAAAAUAUUGCAGCGAAAUUCUUGUGUUUAUUCUUCUUUUGCCAGUUUCAAAAUGUUGGCAGAUUAUACUCGGCAAUAUAGAGAUUAUACAGGUCCUACACCACAUUCAGUAGCAAUAAAGGCAAAACCAAUAAGGAAAAAACCUCCCGAGCAUCUGAUAUUAGAAAGAAGACGCAACGAAGGAUACGUUGAGAAGACGAUGAAAGAGAAAAAGGAUUUGAAGCAAUGUGAUUUAAAGUCACAAUGGUUGAAAACUACCAACAAGCGUAUUGAAAGGAACACACUCAGGAGACGCGUUCAACAGGAAAUGUUGAGAGGAGGAAAAUUUGCGUUGGAAGAUAGACGCUCGAUGCUUCGGCAAAUGUUGUUGACCGAACAACAGGAUUAUAUUCGUGAAAUGGAGAACAUGGAAGAGACCACUUUGGAAAGGCAAGCCAAGAUGAGAGAACGAGCUAAACAUUUAAAAGAGAAAAGAGAAAGGGAGAGAAAAGAACUUGUGGAAGACAAAUUGGAACAACGAUGGAGGAAUCAAUGUGAAGAGCUUAGAUCCAUUAAAUCAAAACAAAACCAAGAUCAGAUUUGUCAUGAGAGGUAUGAGCAAAUCCUCCUCAAAGAAGAAGAGAAGAAGACAAAAGAGAUAGACAAGAUGUAUUGUGAACUAUGGGAGACAGAUCGUGUUUCAAAAGCUCAACGAGAAGAAGAGCAGGGAAGAAAUUUGAUUGAGAGAAACAGAGAAUGCCUUGAGGUUCUGCAGCUUCAAAUUCAAUCAAACAGACAGAAGGCAGAAGAAGAAAAAAGGUUGAAAAAUCUAGAAGCAGAGUGGUUGAAGGAGGAAACAAGACUACGCAAGGAAGAGGAGGAGUGGAUGAAGAAGGAAAAGAGGAAACGACAAGAGCAUGAGAAACAUAUCCGUGAUGCCUCAAUCCAGACAGAAGAAAAGGAAAAGGAACAAAACGAAGAGCUUGCCUUAGAACAUCAACUGAUGCAGAAACUCCUCGAGGAAACUCGCAAGGAAGAGAAGGCUGACAUGCAGAGAAAGAAUGAUGUUCGUGAAGAGAACUUGAGGUUCAUGGCAUAUGUCGCACAGAAUCGGAAGGAGAAAAAAUUGGAAGAAAUGAUUCAAGAAGAAGUGAAAUUAAAAUGGGAGAAAGAUCUUGCUAAAUAUCGUCUAGAGAAGGAAGCAAGGAAAAAAUUACUGGAAAAUGUUGUGGAAAGUCGACGACAACAGAUGAAUGCAAGAAGUAAAUGUGACAUUAAUGGGAAAUAUUUGGCAAAAUGCGAAAAAGAAAAGAUGGAAAUGCAAGAGAUUUUGGAAGAGCACAAGCGAUUGGAGGACGAGUCAAGUAAACAUUUGAAACAACAAAAGAAAACAUAUCAAAGAGACCUAGAGAUGCAGGUGGCUUAUCAGAAAACAAUGAAAAGCAGAGAGAAAGAUGAAGAAUUACAACAUUACCUUAUGGGAAAAGAAGCAGAAAAGGAAUAUCAGAUGAGACUCAAGGCCGCAUUGGACAGACCUCAUAGUGAAAAGCUACACCCAUCAACGAAAAAUAACUGAGCAACAUGGAGGCUCAGCUCGCUAAUUUUAUAACUUAACUUGUGUAAUAUAAAUAAACUUUGAAAGUCAUGAAAAGCAAACUGAUAUUGCUGAAGGAUUGAUCUUUAGUAUUAUUGAAUCCUUAAGGUGAUAAAUUAGAUCAUUUCUCACUUGGACUUUGGAUAAAUAUUUUAAAAGUUUCCAUAGUUGAAAUGCUCUGCUCAUUUUUACCUGUGUCCAAGUCAAUAUUGUCAAAUCUUUCCAUUGUUUGUAAAUUGAUAUUGAAUAAAGACAAGGCUUUAACCUGAA